GUUUAGACACUGAUGAUUAGAAGCAGAGACACAGAGCAGCACGAUGGCUGAAUUCAGAUGGAUUAAAGUGUCUUUAUUAAUGAUACAGCUGCUUCAGUUUACAGCAGCAGCUGAACAGUUUACUUUCUUCACUGUCAGAGAUGGAGAAGUCACUUUGCCUUGUAACAGAGUGACAGACAAACAGGAUCAAUGUAACAGUGUCACCUGGUCACUCAGUGGUUCAAAACCCUCAGGACCAGUUGAACUGAUUUUAUAUGGGAAGAUUAAUAAAAAUGCCACAUCUAAAUCAGACAGACUGAAUCUCACAGAGAACUGUUCUCUGGUUAUAAAGAACGUCACAGCUGAAGAUGUUGGUCAGUACACCUGUCAACUGAAAUCAAGACAACAUCAGGUUUAUCUGUCUGUUGUUUCCAUGACUGAACAGAAGAGCAGAGAUCAGGUGACAUUAAACUGCUCUGUGAGGACAUAUGACCACUGUAGACACACAGUGAAGUGGCUGUAUGAGGGUAAAGAUGUGAAUAAUAACAAAGACAUCAGGACAUCACAGUCUGGCUGCUCAGCCAAUGUGACUUUUCAGCCUUCUCUUACUGAAAAGUCAAAGUAUCCUGAGUUCUUCAAGUGUGAAGUGACUGAUGGUUACAACAGGCAGCAGUUUACCCUCAGCUCUCAGUCCUCAGGUGGGGAUGGAACAGCAGCAACGACAGCAGGAAAACCAGCAACUGAAUCAACACCACCAACAACAACAAGGAGAGGAAAACCAGCAACUGAGUCAACACCAGCAACAACUGAAGCAACAACUACAUCAUCAACACCAGUGACUAAAUCAUCAUCAACAACUGAAUCAACACCAACAACUACAUCAACACCAGCAACAACAACAGCACCACCUGCAGCAUCAACAGGUUUGUGGGGGCUCAUUGUGUUGCCUGUGGUUUUAGCAGCACUGAUUGUUGUGCUCCUCAUCAGAAGGAAGAGAACUAAAGGGAACAAACCACAUGUGGAUACAGACACUGCUGAUCCUGAAGAUGGUGUCUCCUACGCCUCCAUCAGCUACACCAAGAAGACCAACAGGAAAGCCCGGGCUCGAGGUAAUGAUGGUGAUGAUGAUGAAGGUGAUGCUGUGGCCUACACCACAGUCAAAGUUCCCUCCUCUUCUGCUGGAGCCUCCGCUGAUCCCAGUAACCUCUACGCUACCGUUAACAAACCAGAGAAAACACAAGGCUGAAACCUGAUUGUCCAGGCUGUAUGUAGGUGAACAUGAGCUGGGGUCGUUCAGGGACGUUCCUGUGGCUGUUUCUUCCUUCUCCAUUUUGAAUCCACCUCUCAUCUGUCCCUGAAUCAUCCAAUCAGCUUGUUUGUAUGAAACCUACAAGUGUAUGGACACAAUUGUUAAGUUAUUUUAUGUUUAUAUCUGUUAAAAGGCCGCAUUUAAAUGUAUUGUCACUGUGUGUUUGGGUAAUAUUUUUGAAACUGUAAUUGUCCAGCCACACCACAAGGGGGAGCGUCUCCCUGGGUGAGCGCUAGUCGUAGCCAUGGAUGUAUUUUGAAGCAGGGCUGCGUGAACAACCUGCAGAUUACUCACAGCUAGCAUCUCCUGUCUGCUUUUCCUGCACAAAACAGCCACCAUAGAAACACUGUCCAUGGGUUGUGGUGAUAUUUUGUGUUGUUAAAAGCCCAAAGGUGUUUGUGUAAUGUGUGUUUAUAUUUGAUAAAUAUAUUUCUAGAUGAUAAAUGUUUGUAGGUAUGCUCAUAAACAGUAAAAUAAGCAGGCUUCAGUACAGUGUUAAAGUUACUGGUCAGAUAUUUUGAGGCUGGUAAACAGUGGUAACUGAUGGUGAGCUGUUGUACAUGUUAAGACUUUGAGGAGUCAAGUAUCUGCUCAAUUUAAAAUCAGAUUUGUGCACUUAAAAGUUGUAAAACAUGAUCUCCCAGUGGUUCAGUAUAUGAACUUUUGUGCUGUAAUGUGAAAUGUAAAUUAGCUUUAUGGAAGAUAAAAUGGACAAAGGUGAUGUAAAUGAGGAUAAAAGGGAGAUUCUCAGUUUAUUAAAGACAGAACAUCAA